AUGAAUUUGUUUGAGGUAGCAGAUUUCUACCUUGGUAGGUUGGUUAACCCUCAAGUGCGUACGACAUUGAGUGUUGUAGAGCAGUCGCGUAUACGGGUGUUGUUGCUGGACAAGUCUACUACGCAGAUUAUAUCAAUGACUGCAACGCAGACAGAGUUGUUAAAUAAAGAAAUUUAUAUGAUUGAUACGAUUGAGAAUGAGGAUAGAGAUGUGAUGAGACAUUUAAGCUGUAUUUGCUAUGUAAAGCCUACACAAGAAACGAUAGAAUAUUUGUUGAAGGAGUUGCAAGAUCCGAAGUAUGGCAGGUAUCAGAUAUUCUUUAAUAAUACAGUUACCAAGACUCAGUUGGAGCGAUUAGCUGAAUGUGAUGAUUUUGAGGUGGUUACAAAAGUGGAAGAACUCUUUCAGGAUUACUACAUUGUUAAUGAAGAUCUUUAUUCGCUUAAUCUGCCUAUGUCCAAGCUGCUAUCAAACCCGGUUGUGUGGGAUCCAAGAGGUCUAGAUUCUGUUCGACGUGGUAUUGUAUCACUGCUGUUGUCAUUAAAGGUACAUCCUAGGAUUUACUACGAAUCUAGCAACAAAUUGUGCGGGAAGCUUGCAAAGGAAAUACAAUAUGAAAUAGACAAGAAUGUAAAAACAUUAUUUGAUUUCCCAAGAAUGGACGCUCCCCCCAUUUUGCUACUUCUUGACCGCUACAAUGAUGCAUUGACACCGUUGCUACAACCAUGGACAUAUCAAUCGAUGGUUCAUGAGUACAUUGGUAUUAAGGAUAAUCUUGUCGAUUUGGUGCAUGUUCCAGAUUUGGAAGAUAGUUUGAAGCAAGUAGUUUUGUCAUCUAAACAUGAUGUGUUCUUCCGUGAGACAAUGUAUCUAAACUUCGGAGAUCUAGGAGAUCGGGUAAAACAGUACGUUACACAAUACAAAACCAAAACAAAUACUAACGCCCAAAUAAAUACUAUUGAGGAUAUUAAAAGGUUUAUUGAGAAAUUCCCAGAGUUCAAGAAACUUUCCAGCAAUGUAUCGAAACAUAUGGCCAUAUUAAGCGAAUUAGACAGCCAACUACAGCUUAGAGAUAUUUGGCAAUUAAGUGAAUUGGAACAGAACCUGUCGGCCCAUGAUGAUAACAACAAUGACUACCAGGAAAUGCUCAAGUUGUUGCAAAGUCCAAACUUGAAAUCUUACUACAAGACGAAGUUGGCAUGUAUAUACGCAUUAAGGAAUACCAGCGAAACGCAGAAAACGCGGCAAGUUGAAAGCAUUCUGAGAGUUGCGUGUUCACCCCAGGAAGUGGCAAUUUUCCAUAAGUUUAAAGCCACCUGUGGCAUGUCUGCAGCUUCGAGUAAGAAGCCUCAAGAAAAUGAUUUGAUCAGUGGUUUGAGUAAGAAGUUUAACAAGAUAAGUCGGAACAACGCAGAAAAUGUAUAUAUGCAACAUACACCGGAGUUGGCCCGCUUAUUGGGUGAACUUUCGAAAAAUAAGUUACCGACCGAAAGAUUACGGAGCGUCGACCAUAAUGGGCCUCAUAACGUAUCACCAAUCCAAGAUGUCAUUAUAUUUAUGGUUGGUGGUGUAACGCUAGAUGAAGCUCGUGUGGUUCAUCAAUUUAAUGAAACAAUGAAGGCUCAGAACGGUAGCUUACGUGUGGUUUUGGGCGGUAAUGAUGUUCUUCGGACAGAAGAUUUCUUAAGGGAUUUUGAGGAUAUAUUUUGCACUUCAGGUAAAGACACAGAACUUUCAGACUUAUUAUAA